CUGUAGGUGAGCUCAGCCUCUCAGCCUCUAUGCCCAUAUCAGGAACCCGGAAGCUGCGCACCUGUAGCUGACGUCACGCUGUGAGAGUACCUGCAGCAACGCGUCCGGCUGAACCCAGUCAGUGGAUCUACCUGAGAGACAAAGACACCUCGACGGAAGCUCGCAGAGGGAAUAUCUAUUUAAAAACCAGUGAAUUCUUUUACCUUUUCUGUGUAAAGGACCCCAGUGAGAGGAUCCACAGGCCGAUGGGGUUCUCCGCUCGGUUCUCCGCUCGGUUCUCCGUUUUGUGCGUUUUAAUCGUCGUUUUCCAGGCCUCAGCUUCAGGGACUACUGAAAAGCCAACAUGUGUACCUGGAUUUGGGUCGGAUAUGUUGAUUUUCAAAGUGUUCAGGAAGCACUUUAUGAAGGGCGCAAUACUGGGAAAAGUGGCCUUCUCUGACUGCACAGACCGCACAAGAUUUCCUUUCAGCAGUGAUAACAGCCAUUUCACAGUACAGACAGAUGGCAUAUUCAAGGUAACAAGACCGACUAGUAUUCAUGGACAGCGGGAAUUCUUAAUCCAUGCCUGGGACUCACAAGGUCGCAAAAUGAGUGUUACAGUCCGAGUAGUCCACCAUCAGCAUCACCAUGGGAACUACCACCAUAAUGUUGAGCAUCACCAUGGAGAACGCAAACACCACAUCCAUCAGCACCACCACACUGAAGUGGACUCUACUCAUAACACAGAGAAUACAACCGAUCGACAGGUGCCCAUUCUCCGUUUUCCCGAGACUGGUGAAGGGCUGAGGAGGAGGAAGAGAGAGUGGGUUAUUCCUGAAAUAAGUGUUUCUGAGAAUGACAAAGGACCCUACCCCCUGAAAGUAUCUCAAAUCCGGUCUAAUGCGGAUAAAGUAAAGAAGAUCUAUUACACCAUCAGUGGUCCAGGAGCCAGUGAGCCUCCUGUGGACCUUUUCACCAUGGACAUAACCUCUGGCACUCUUUAUAUCACACAACCACUGGACAGAGAGGCACAAUCCGUGUACAAGUUCCAAGCACACGCUGCGACAGAUGGUGACAGCAGUGCCGAAGCCCCUAUGGACAUUACAGUGAAAGUAAUUGACCAGAAUGACAACAAACCAGUUUUCACUCAAGACACCUUCCUGGGAGAAGUUGCUGAGGCCUCACCAAAGGGUUUCGAGGUAAUUAAGGUUGAGGCCACAGAUCUUGACGAGCCAGGUAAUGCAAACUCGGAACUCCGCUACCGUCUUUUGAGCCAGGAUCCACCUUUGCCCACCGAAGAUCUGUUUGAAAUCAACCCAACAACUGGAGUCAUCAGAGUCAAUGCUGGCGGGCUCGACAGAGAGAAAUACCCAAAGUACACUUUAGUGGUUCAAGCAGCAGACAUGAAUGGAGAAGGGUUGAGUAAGGAAGCAAAAGUAAUACUUACUGUCACAGAUAGCAACGACAAUGCUCCGGACUUCACUCAGGCUUCCUAUACGGCAGCAGUUGAAGAAAAUAAAGUGGACGCACAUAUUUUAACGAUGUCAAUCACCGAUGGUGACGUGCCACAUUCCCCAGCCUGGAACGCCAAGUUCACAAUUGUCGAUGGUGAUCCGGAAGGACAUUUCACUGUGAAAACUGGAAGUAACAAACAUGAAGGAAUCAUUUCUACUGUCAAGGGUCUUGACUUUGAGAAGAGCACCACACACACUCUGUUGGUUGCAGUGGAGAAUGACAUUGCUUUUGCAAUUGAACUGCCCACUGCCACUGCCACUGUGGUGGUGAGUGUGCUUGACGUCAAUGAAGCUCCAAUCUUUGAUCCAAUGGAGAAGCUUGUGUCAAAACGGGAGGACCUUCCCAUUGACAGUGAAGUGGCACAGUACACCGCUUUUGACCCAGACACUGCACGCAAACAGAAAGUCACGUAUAGAAUAAUUCGAGACCCUGCCGGAUGGCUGACUGUGGGAAAAGACACAGGCAUGAUUAAAGUAAAGAAUCCAAUGGACAGAGAGUCCUCUUUCGUCAAGGACGACACAUACACAGCACUCAUUGGUGCAUAUGACAAUGAUGAAGUCCCAGCAACAGGAACUGGUACUCUUAUAAUCCAGCUUCAAGAUGUCAAUGACAAUGCACCCACCAUUGAAGAACGUUCUAUCAGGAUUUGUCACAAGCAAUCGGUUCCUCAGCUGCUGUCGGUAACAGACAAAGACGGCCCGGGCUAUGCUGCUCCAUACACCGUAUCGUUACGGGGCAUGUCAAAGACCAACUGGACCGCUAGGAUGAACGAAUCCAAAACUGGCAUCUUACUGAAUUUAGCCACUGAGCUAGAGAGGGGAGAGUACACUGUGGUCCUGACGGUUGCAGACAACCAGGGAAUGGAUCAGGACAGCACUGUCAAUGCCGAAGUUUGUGACUGCACCGGAGAACAAGUGAUCUGCAAAUUGCGUGUGGCGGGUGGCACUGAACUACCUGUAAUCCUAGGAAUACUUGGAGGCAUCUUGAUGCUGCUUAUGCUGGUGUUGCUGCUGCUGCUUUUCGCAAGACGAAAAAGAGGAGAGCAGAAGGUACCUCUACUGCAAGACGACGACAUCAGAGACAACAUCUACUGCUAUGAUGAAGAGGGAGGCGGGGAGGACGAUCAGGACUAUGAUCUGAGUGUUCUCCACCGUGGUCUGGACAACCGGCCCGAGGUUUUCAGAAACGACGUGGUGCCAAACUUCAUGCCGGCUCCUCAGUACCGGCCCCGGCCCGCCAACCCAGAUGAAAUCGGCAAUUUCAUCGAUGAUAACCUGAAGGCAGCUGACAAUGACCCGACGGCACCACCCUACGACUCCCUGCUGGUGUUCGACUACGAGGGAGGCGGCUCUGACGCAGGAAGCAUGUCUUCUCUGAACUCGUCGAGCAGCGGAGACCAGGAUUACAACUGCCUCAAUGACUGGGGACCCCGCUUCAAGAAACUGGCUGACAUGUACGGAGGAGGGGAAGAGGAGGACAUGCUGUAAAUGUACCAAAUAGAAAGUAACAUUGAUGGAUGGAUGCACAUAUGGCUGUGUGUAAAUUGUAGAUUGUUUUAAGCAUGAACUGAUUGAUGACUACAUCCCAGGGAAAGUAUAGUGCAGCCAGACAUCAGUAGGCACACAGUUGUUUCCUGUGUGGGGAGUGAGGUUGGUUUUUGCCAGUUCAGUCCUGUCAGAAGCCAAAGGAUGAGUAUUUUUUUAUUUUUUAUACAUGAGUUCUGUCUGGCAUAGUACUAAACAGAGAUCUAAAAGACAGGCAAAGACUAGCUUUGCUUUUUGUUUAUUUUCUGUUCAUUGAGACAUGGAGCAACAUCAGUCUCGAUGUUGAUUCAUGGAUUUUGUGCAGAUAUUUCCGCCUUUGUUGUAGCUUACUGGGCCACACUGGACAUACACCAAAGCUUGCAGUUGCACUGGUAACGUUUGUGUAUUUUUGGCAAUGUAUGGUACUAAACGUUUUUGUUUUUUUUAUGGCGUUUGUACUACUGCUUCUGUUAGAUUUCAUUGUUUUGUGUUUGAGUAGUGAAAUUUCAAAUGAUCAAGGGGAAAUCAGGUAGCCAGCCAACUCCACAUCACCCUCUAACGGCGGGGCCAAUGAGUUAUGCAUUAUGCUUCUGAAGAUGCUUUUAGUGUCUGUACAGUUGACAUCACAAUGUAAUGUCAAAACACUUUUUGCCGUUACCUCUAGUGGUACUUUAUUGCAAAUGCUUUGUUAAUUUUGAAUUUUUUAUAAAGUUAUCUUACUACAAU